AUGGAUGCAUUUCUUCUUCUCAAUCCACUUUUCUGUUUCCUCACUGCGGCAUCAUUCUUGGCGUGGUUCGCCCUCAAACGGCGUCGAACAAACCAGCAGCAGAGGGUGCAACCUCCAUCGCCGCCGAGGCUGCCAAUCUUGGGGAACCUUCACCAGCUAAGCGCGCUGAUUCACCGCUCAUUCCAUGCCUUAGGCGCCAAGUAUGGCCCGGUUAUGCUGCUACACUUUGGCAGCCGGCCGGUGAUCAUCAUCCAGUCAUCGGCCGCUGCUGCGAAGAUCAUGAAAGCCCACGAUCUUGUCUUCUCUGACAAGCCUACGACGAGGACUCUGAGGCAACUUUUCUAUAAUCACAAGAACUUAUUCAUCGCCCCUUACGGUGAAUACUGGCGGAAAUUGAAAAGCAUUUGUGUUCUUCAGCUGCUGAGCCCCAAACGGGUGCAGUCUUUCCGUUUCAUCAGAGAGGAAGAAAUAGCGAUUUGUUUUGAGAAGAUCAAAGCCUGCUGCAGCUGCAGCUCCCCUGUCAAUUUGAGUGAGCUGUUUACGUCGUUCACUAACGAUAUGACCUGCAGAGCAUCCUGCGGAAAGAAGUACAGUGAAGGGGAAGAUGGCAGGAGGUUUGUAAGGCUGCUAACAGAACUUAUGCAGCUGGGGGGGAGAGUCAAUGUUGGGGACUUUGUUCCCUGGUUGUGGUGGAUUGAUCGCAUGACCGGAUUUGACAGGAGAGUUGACAGGGUUGCUAAGGAAGUGGAUGAGUUCUUGGAGAUGGUAAUUCAAGACCACCUGAAUUCAAGAGGAUUGGAAAUUGGUGAGACUGGACAUGGAAAUCAUGAAGACAGCGUUGUCAGAGUUUUGCUCAACGUUUACCGGGAUAACACGAUCGACAGAGAUAGUAUAAAGGCCAUUGUCUUGGAUAUGAUUGUUGGGGGCACUGAGACUACAGCUGCAGCGCUGGAAUGGACGAUGACAGAACUCCUCAAACACCCAAAUGUGAUGAACAAGUUGAAAUGUGAAGUGAGAGCAAUCCUGAAAGACAAGAAUCACACCAUAAGUAUAACCAACGAUGACUUGGAACAAAUGCAUUACCUGAGAGCAGUGGUGAAGGAAACCCUGCGCCUUCAUCCCCCCAUUGCAUUAUUGGCUAGGGUAGCACGACAAGAUGUCGAGGUUAUGGGAUAUGGCAUUCCUGCUGGGACCAUGGCCCUUAUCAAUGCUUGGGCAGUUGGUAGAGAUCCUGCAACUUGGGAUGAACCAGACACAUUUAAGCCUGAGAGAUUCAUCGGCAGUUCAAUAGACUUCAAGGGUGUUGAUUUCGAACUGAUUCCAUUUGGGGCAGGAAGAAGGCGCUGCCCAGGAAUUGGAUUUGCCAUGGCAGGUGUCGAGCUCCUGUUAGCUAAUCUUAUACACAAGUUUGAAUGGGAAUUACCUCGCUCGGAAGACUCGGACGCCACAGAACAACCUGGUUCUGUUACAGCAAGGAAGAAUCCUCUUUUUGCUGUUGCAACUGUAGCUCAAUUCUAG